GUUUUCUCGAGCGAUUGCUACUUUUGUAAAGGCGUCUUACUUCAUAAACAAGCCGUAAGACUCUUCGUUGUCCAUUUGCAACUCAGGCAGCGCAGCCUUUGUCAACGUUUACCAAUCUUUUCUCCAACUCCUCUAUAUUUUACUCAUAAUUCUAUCUCAUAAGUUUUUCCAAAAUGACUUCGUAUACACAUGAUCAAAAGGAUUUGGAGCUGAUGAAGAUGGCCAUCACACAAGCCAAUAUCUCCGAACCUGUGGAAUCAGCAUACUGCGUAGGUGCCGUCUUAGUGGCAGCUACUGGUGAAAUUCUCUCUACGGGUUUUUCGCGCGAAUUGCCUGGCAACACUCAUGCCGAGCAAUGCGCGCUCGACAAACUGCCUGAUAUCGGUUUGAUCGAGAACGGAAUAUGUUAUACCACUAUGGAACCCUGUUCAACACGUUUAUCUGGGAACAAACCCUGCGUAGAACGGCUCAUUGCAGCCAAGGUGAAAAAGGUUGUUAUGGGUAUCAAAGAGCCUCCCAACUUCGUCGAAUGCAGCGGAGUGGAUUUACUUCGCCAAGCGGGUAUUGAGGUGUUGGUCGUUCCAGGCGUUGAAGAAGAAUGCCUAAAGCCAAACCAACACAUUUUACAAACGAAAUAAAAUGAAAUGUAUUCUGCCUGACGAAGA